AGCAGGGUGCGGAGCGGUGUGGAGCUGGAUGGGGGCCACAGCCGGGCCUGAUGCAGGAGCCCAGAACACAGCGAGCCCUGAUCACGUCCUCUAGAGACCGCCGAGGUGCUACAGUUCACGUGGAGACACUGAGAAGGUGGUGUUCUCAUGAGGUCGUCCAUGCUGGUCCUGUUCCUCCUCUUCAGCGCCCAGGCUGUGGCCGCCAUCUUAGGAGCAGCACAGCAGCAGGGUCCAGGCAACAACUCCAACACCAUCCCCACAGUGGACCCCAAGCUCUUCACCAAGCGCCGCUACCUCUCACCCAGGGUGCUCUUCAGCGACCAGCCGCCUGAUGCAGAUCCGGCGGGGUCCCAGGGGGGCGGCAGGAGGACCCCCAGGAGAGCGGGGCAGCCUCAGCACCGAGGAGUCUACUCAGUGUGCGAUAGCAUCAGCAACUGGGUGGGCAACAAGACCAAAGCCACAGACAUCUCAGGCAACGAGGUGACGGUGCUGCCGGACGUGAACAUCAACAAUGUGAACAAGAAGCAGUACUUCUUUGAGACGACGUGCCACAGCGAGCGCUCCGGCAGCUCCGGUUGUUUGGGGAUCGAUGCCAAACACUGGAACUCCUACUGCACCAACUCACACACUUUUGUCCGAGCGUUGACCUCGUUUAAGAACCUGGUGGCCUGGAGGCUCAUACGCAUCAACGUGGCCUGUGUGUGUGUGCUGAGCCGUAAGUCAUGGCGUCAGUAAAGACUUUCCAUUCACAUCACACACACACUCAAUUACAAACACAGACAUACUCAUCACCAGAGACUUCUCAUCCUCUAAACAAAGUAAGUUAUUAGUAUAUGUCAAAGUAUCAGGACUGCAUGUAUAUACAACAGCCCUGGGUCAAAUAGUAUCUGUUAGUAGCAGGUACAUUACCAAAGAUGCUGUGACACACAGCAUCAUACUGUCUUUGCUGCAGGAGACACCACCACAUGUGUUAACAUGUGUAUAAAUCCUUAAUUGUCACAACACUUUUUUGGGUCUAAACACUUUACAGUGUGUUUAUUAAA